CUUUUCAACGACAUAACAAAACAUGUGCACGUGCACUCCUUAAAAAAAACGUUUUUUCCUUGCUGCGUUUUCAAAAUAGCGGUAAAAUGUCGAUGUUAGCGGAAAGGAAGCGCAAACAAAAGUGGUCACUUAAUCCUCGCGGCAAACACUGGGCAGAAGAUGCCAACAAAUACGGGCAGAAACUGAUGGAGAAGAUGGGGUGGAGCAGCGGCAAAGGUUUGGGCGCGAAGGAGGACGGUGUCACUGAGCACAUUAAAGUCUCGUACAAGAACGAUAGCAAAGGUAUGGGAUAUAAGGAAUCGAACGAUCAAUGGACGGAACACGAGGAGAACUACAGUACACUCCUGGAGAACUUAAGUGGGCAAAACAGUGAACUCCCCUCUGAGGUAAAGGUUGAGACAAGUCUGGAGAAGAAAUCAGAGGGUUCAAGGGCGCGAGUGCAUUAUAAAAAGUUUACGCGCGGCAAAGAUUUGAGCCAGUAUUCAGAGAAGGAUUUAGCAAACAUUUUUGGCCGCAAGUCCUUGAAGGAGAAGAAGAAAACUGCACAGGAGGAAGAAAAGGAGCAGCCACAGGUUGAGGAGAACCCAAUGUUGGUCAAUAGCGGCUCCAUGACGGAUUAUUUCAAGAAGAAAUUACCCGGUUUCAGUAAAAGUAACGGGCUGGUCGUCGGGAGCAACGGCGUGUUGAAAAUUGAACGUGAUUCGGACACGGAAGAACGUUCAGGUUUUGGUUUCGGCAGUAAGUCUGAAACUACAACAAUUAAUAACGGCUAUUCGUUUUACAGUAAGAAGGAAACGUUUGUUUCGUACGUAAAUGGUGAAAGUCAACCUGAAACUGGUUUAAAGAAGCGUAAAAUCGAUGAAGUUGAUGAGACGGAAACGCCUAAAAAGAAAAAGAAGAAGAAGAGCAAAAACGUUGAGGAUUCUGGAUUGAGCAAUCCAGCAUUUGACACUUUAGAAGUAAAGGAGAAUGUGAAAAAGGAAAAUAAAACUGAAAACGACAGUCAACCUGUUGAAGAACCUGAGGAGAAUCCUUAUGAAGUUAAAGUUAAAAGCAAAAAGAAGAAAAAGAAAAAUACUGAAGAUCUAGGUGUUGAUAAUCCUAAUUUAGAAACUCAAGACACAGAAGUACCAACAGAAAUUGCAGAAAAUCCGUAUGAAGUUAAACCUAAGAAGAAAAAGAAGAAGGGUGGUGAUUUACAUAUAGAAAAUUCUAGUUCAGAAGCACAAAUUGUAGAACAACAGACAGAGGUUCCAGAAAAUCCGUAUGAAGUUAAAAUCAAGAAGAAAAAAAAGAAGGUUGAAGACCUAGGCGUUGACAACCCCAACUUAGGAGCGCAAGAUUCAGAAGUGCAGACAGAAGUUCCAGAAAAUCCGUACGAAGUUAAAGUCAAAGCCAAAAAGGACAAGAAAAAAAAGAAGAACAAGGACUUAGGCAUUGACAAUCCCAGUCUCAAUACUGAAGAUGCUGAAACUUCAAUAGAAGCGCCAGAAAAUCCAUAUGAAGUUAAGGUGAAGAAGUCAAAAAAGAAGCGGGAGUUUGCAAUUGACAACCCAAAUUUUAAUCCGGACGCUUCAAACGAACUGGAAACUUCACAGGAAAAUCCAGACGAGACUCCCAAGAAAAAGAAAAAGAAGAAGGACAAAGAAAAACAAAUCUUGGAAGAAACUAAAGAGAAUCAAGUCGUUAAUGCGAUGCCAGAAUGUGAUUUAAUGUUGAACGUUGUCGCAAGUCCCAUAAUUAAAACGCCACAAACUAUUACAAAACCAAGUAAUAAAGUAAAAAGGCGUAAGAGCGUUAGAUUUAGCGACAUGAACGAAGAAAGAAUCAUUCCCAACAAUCAGGAACUACAAUUAAUGUCGGUGGAACGAAACGAACUGUUUGACAUCAAUACAAAAGUUAUAGAAAACGGUUUGGAAGAAGAGGCAAGGAAGAACGGCACCCUCAACUCGAAAUUCGAUAUGCAAUCCAUCGAUAAAAAGACCUUCUAUGAGAAAAGCAAACCGUUAAAGAAACGCAAAAGGGGUGUGGAGAACUCCGCGUUCGACGAACAGUCGACGAAACUCCAGGAAAACAUCGAUGACAUCAGUAAAACGAUAGAUAUGUACCAGGCACAAAUCGAGAACGACAUCAAUGAGGCGAAAACCAAAAUCAACAGUGUCAAACUGGAUGAACUUAUGGUAGGUGAACCAGGAAUUUCAGAGGGCGAUCACGAGAAGGUGCCCGAGGGGGCAUUGUUGAAGUUUCACGGCGUCAAGUUCGGCAAGUCACCUGCUUAUAUGAACUCGUUCACGGGGCCCAAGAAAAGUUACAAACAUCUGAUUAAGGGUGAUGUCAUUGUAGCGUUUAAGGAGAGCAAUUUGCACGAGAUCUACGGUUAUGGGGUUAAAAAACCUUCAUCGUAAUAUAAUUUUGUUCUGUAUGACUAAGAAUAAAGUUAAGUUGAAAUUAAACAAA